AUGAGGUCGUUUGCAGCGAGUGCGCGGGCUGUUGCAAAAUCGAAAAGUGUUCAGAGUCGGUUUCAGAGGGCUGGGCUGCCGGUUUUUGUGAAGUCGAGGGGGUAUGCGGGAAUGGCUCCUACUUUGAAUGAUCAGUCUCUUUUCAAGACUCGGGCAUAUGUCAAUGGAGAAUGGAUAGGUGCGAAGUCGGGCAAGACCUUUGAGGUCCACGAUCCCGCAACAGGCAAAUUGAUUGGUACGAUGCCUGAGAUGGAUCGUGCUGAUACUGAAGCUGCCAUUGCCGCUGCAUCUGCCGCCCUCCCAUCCUUCCGCAAACUGACCGGCCGCGAACGCUCGCGGAUGCUGAGAAAAUGGUACCAACUCAUGGUGGACAACGCCGACGACCUGGCCAAGCUGAUAACGUGGGAGAACGGCAAGCCCAUCGCCGACGCAAAAGGGGAAGUGACCUAUGCCGCGAACUUCUUCGAGUGGUUCGCAGAGGAAGCACCCAGGCUGUAUGGCUCCACCAUUCCGGCCUCCGUCGCUGGAAACCGCGUCUUUACGAUCAAAGAACCUGUAGGGGUAUGCGGCCUCAUCACACCCUGGAACUUUCCCGCCGCAAUGAUCACUCGGAAAAUCGGUCCCGCUCUUGCAGCAGGAUGCACCGUCGUCGCCAAAUCCCCUGGCGAAACACCCUUCACGGCCGCCGCCCUGGCCGAACUCGCCCACCGCGCUGGUAUCCCAAAGGGCGUCGUCAACUUCGUCACGGCGCUUGACAACACACCUGAAGUGGGCGAGACGCUGACGACCAGCAAGACGGUCAAGAAGGUCUCUUUUACCGGCUCCACGGGCGUCGGCAAGCUCCUCAUGAAGCAGUCAGCCUCGACGCUCAAAAAACUCUCCUUUGAACUCGGUGGCAACGCGCCCUUUAUCGUCUUCGACGACGCCGACCUCGACACCGCCGUCUCUGGCGCAAUCUCCUCGAAAUUCCGCUCCUCGGGCCAAACCUGCGUCUGCGCCAAUCGCUUGUACAUUCAAUCUGGCAUCUACGACGCCUUUUGCAACGCCUUUGGCAAAAAAGUUCAGGCCUUUAAAGUUGGCAAUGGCUUCGAUCAGGGAAACACACACGGCCCGUUGAUUCACGACCGCGCCGUCGCAAAAGUCGACGCACACGUCCAGGACGCAGUCAAACACGGCGCCACCGUCCUCGUCGGCGGCCACAAACUUGACCACCUAGGUGCCAACUUUUACCAGCCCACCGUCCUCCGCGAUAUGACGGCGGACAUGCAACUCGCCUCGGACGAAACGUUUGGACCUGUGGCUGGUCUCUUUUCUUUUGACACAGAGGCCCAGGUCGUCGAGCUGGCGAAUGCGGCCGAGGUUGGGUUGGCGGGCUAUUUCUUCAGCCGCGAUGUCCAGCGCGUUUAUCGCGUUGCCGAGGCUCUCGAGGUCGGCAUGGUCGGUGUGAAUACGGGCUUGAUAUCCGAUGUGGCGGCGCCGUUUGGCGGUGUCAAGGAGAGUGGGUUUGGGAGGGAGGGCAGCAUGUUGGGUAUCGACGAGUAUGUGACUACGAAGACUGUGACGUUGGGUGGGAAUGGCGAGGCGUUGCAGGGGAAAUGA